AUGCCUCCCAUCACUCCGGCCCAAAUAGUCGCCCUUCAGAAGAACAGUGAUAAUAUCCGAAACAUCUGCAUCCUCGCACAUGUGGAUCAUGGCAAAACAUCGCUCUCCGACUGCCUGCUCGCCACCAAUGGCAUUAUCUCCUCUAAGCUCGCCGGCCGCGUCCGCUACCUAGACUCGCGCCCAGAUGAACAGCUCCGCGGUAUCACCAUGGAGUCCUCCGCCAUCUCCCUAUACUUUCGCCUAAUGCGACGCCCCACCCCCGAGGCCGAACCUGCGCCAAGUGAGUACCUUAUCAACUUGAUCGACUCCCCCGGCCACAUCGACUUCUCCUCCGAGGUGUCCACCGCUUCCCGUCUCUGUGACGGUGCAGUAGUCCUGGUCGAUGCCGUCGAGGGUGUUUGCUCCCAGACCGUCACCGUGCUCCGGCAGGCAUGGCUCGAGAAUAUCAGGCCCAUUUUGAUCAUCAAUAAGAUGGAUCGCCUGAUCACGGAGAUCAAGCUCACGCCGGGAGAGGCGUUCACGCAUCUGUGGAAGCUCCUGGAACAAGUGAAUGCGGUCAUGGGAUCGUUCUUUGCGGGAGAGAGAAUGGAGGAGGACCUGAAAUGGCGCGAGACGCUCGAAGCGCGACUGGCAGCGACAAAACUGCGGCAAGAUGACGCAGAGGCCAGUGGUGAGGUUCCGGGCCAGGACACGCCGGAGAGCCAGUAUGAGGAGCGCGAUGAUGAGGAUAUCUACUUUGCGCCUGAGAAGCAUAACGUCAUUUUCGCGAGCGCGAUAGACGGGUGGGCAUUUACAGUGCGCCAAUUUGCGAGCAUGUAUGAGAAGAAACUGGGCAUCAAAAAGUCCGUUUUGGAGAAAGUGCUAUGGGGCGAAUACUACCUAGACCCCAAGACGAAGCGGGUUUUGGGCGCAAAGCACUUGAAAGGGCGCAGCCUGAAGCCGAUGUUUGUGCAGCUGGUUUUGGAUAGUAUUUGGGCAGUUUACGAGAGUACCGUUCUACAGAAAGACCAAGAGCGCGUAGAGAAAAUCGUAAAAUCACUCAACAUCAAGGUUCUUCCGCGUGAGCUGAAGUCAAAAGACACACGCACACUCCUCACAUCCAUCUUCUCCCAAUGGCUGCCCCUCUCCACCUCCGUACUCGUAACAGUAAUCGAAGAGCUCCCCUCCCCACCCGUAGCCCAACACAAGCGCAUCCCGUUGAUCCUACAGUCCGCACCGAGCGCCGACAAGAUCGACAGCAGCCUCAAGACUGCCAUGGUUGACUUCCAGACGGGCCCCGACGCGCCCAUCAUGGCGUUUGUCAGCAAAAUGGUCGCUGUGCCGGAGAAGGAGCUGAAAAAGACGACGAGGGUGCAGCUGAGCGCGGAGGAAAUGAGGGAAGCGGGGCGCCAAAAGAGAAUUACAGUUGCUAGGGCGAUCGCUGCGCAGGAAGAGGGCGCGGGUGAGGAAGUGCCGGAGUCGACAGAGGCGCCGACUAGGGGUCCGAGGGAGACGGCGACGUUUAGUGCGCUCACUACCCUGAAGCCCGCCGAGCCCGAGGCGGAUAAGGAAAAGGAAAAAGAUGAAGACGAAGGGGACAAGGAGCGUCUCAUCGGCUUUGCACGUCUCUACUCCGGCACUAUCACCGUUGGGCAGGAACUAUACGUUUUGGGGCCCAAAUAUACCCCCUCUAAGCCCGACCAGCAUAUCCAAAAGAUCACCGUCACCGAGCUAUACUACAUGAUGGGUCGCGACCUCCAAUCCCUCGACUCCGUCCCCGCCGGCAACGUCUUCGGCAUCGGCGGUCUCGAAGGCCGCAUCCUCAAAUCCGGAACCCUCUGCUCCCUCCCGCAAGGCGGCGUCAACCUCGCGGGCGUCAAUCUCGGCGCCGCACCCAUCGUGCGCGUCGCCGUGGAACCGAAGAAUCCGAGCGACAUGGGCAAGAUGGUCGAGGGCCUCAAGAUGCUCGAGCAAGCCGACCCCUGCGCCGAAUACAUUGUCCAGGAAACCGGCGAGCACGUGCUCCUGACCGCCGGCGAGCUGCACCUCGAACGCUGCUUGAAGGACCUCCGGGAGCGCUUCGCGAGGGUGGAUAUACAGAGCAGUGCGCCCAUCGUGCCGUACCGCGAGUCGAUCGUGGCGGCGGCGGAGAUGUCCCCCGCGAAGGGUGAAGGCGGCGUACGCGGUGCUGUGGCGGCGACAACGCCGUCGAAGCAGGUCUCGAUACGGAUCCGGGUCCGCCCGUUCCCUGUGGAAGUGACAGAGUUCCUGCUCAAGAACAGCGGUAGCAUCAAGCGCCUGUACGCCGAGCGCCGCGGCAAUGAGGCUGAAGUCGCAGCAGCGACCGAGAGCACCGACGCUGCAGCUGAGGGUGCCGACGGCUCCACAUCAAAGACCGAGAAGGCCGCGCUUCUAAGCCUCCCCGAGUUCUGCGAGGGCCUGCAGAAAGCGUUCGAUGAAGUCGAGGGCGCCGAGAAAGAUGUCUGGGCCGGCAUUGUGGAUAAGAUCGCUGCCUUUGGCCCCCGCCGCAUUGGGCCAAACUUACUCAUUGACGCCACCACGCAGGGGCUAUUCCGAAGACUACUCAACGACACCUCGACCGCGCAGGAAGGCGCCUCUUCUUCUGCCAGGGACUUUGAAGACAAGUUCUCGCACGCCUUCCAGCUGGCUACGUGGCAGGGACCGCUGUGCCACGAGCCUGUGCAGGGCAUCGCGUGCUUCGUCGAGGAGGCGACCGUGCAGGACCAGGAAGAGGAUAGGAACCGUAACUUUGAGGUUAUAACCGUCGUGCAGAACGCGAUUAAGCAGGCCUUCCUCGACUGGAGUCCCCGCCUGUUGAUGGCGAUGUACAGCUGCGACAUCCAAGCCUCCACCGAAGUUCUCGGCAAAGUAUACGCCGUCGUGACGCGCCGCCGCGGCAAGAUCCUCGCCGAAGAAAUGAACGAGGGCACGCCCUUCUUCACGAUCCGCGCCUCCCUCCCCGUCGCCGAGUCGUUCGGCUUCGGCGACGAGAUCCGAAAACGCACAUCGGGUGCCGCGUCGCCGCAGCUCAUCUUCAGCGGGUACGAGAUGCUUGUCGACGAGGACCCGUUCUGGAUCCCGUUCACUGAGGACGAAUUGGAGGAUCUGGGCGAGCUGGCGGAUAAGGAGAAUGUGGCGAAGAAGUAUAUGGAUAGGGUGAGAGAGCGGAAGGGGCUGUUUGUGAAGCGGAAGGUGGUGGUGGGAGCGGAGAAGCAGAAGACGUUGAAGAGGUAG